AUGCAUAUUGAUGAUAUGGAGUUUGCAUCCCUGUACUUUGCUGCUUUGGAGCUUCACAUUUCAGUCGGGGAUAAGAAGCCUUCUUUAUGCUUGCUUUAUGGCGGCAUUCUGGCAAACGUUGCGACCUGCAGAUAUCCCGACGGCACUAUCGUUGAGCAACUGUACAGCGUGCCACUAAAUCUGGAGCUUGCGGCGUCAAACUGCCCGACGCAGGUAACUCAGUGCUCUUUUGAGGAGACGGGGUUCCUUCAGCAUCAGCCCACAGAGUCAGUUAUGCCUUUCGAGGAAUGGCGCCGCAGUAGGUUUGGCAACAUGCGCCCGACAGUCAUUCUGGACACAGUGGGGGAAGCUCUAGAGUGCAGCCCGCCUGAGGAGAAAGCUCGAGGCAUUGAGACGCCAUGCCUUAUAGACUGCCUGAAUAAAGUUCCUGGAGAUGACAGCCAGCCAGAAGUUCCCCCACGCCGUAUGAAUCCGUGA